AUGGCUGAAGAAGACGUUUUUUUGGCAGCUACAUCAAAUGCGCUUUGGGAUCCUGUUCAUUCAAAAGACUGGGAUAAAGAGAAAGUUACACCGCAGUGUGUACUAAGAAUAAAAAGGUAGGGUGACUUUUAAAACGUUUUUUUGUGGUUUCUGGUUCGUUUGUGCUGUGUUCGGACGAGACACUAGCUUUAACACGAUCAUAAAAAUAAUCUUAAGAAACUUCUCAUUCAAAAGGGAAAAGCUUAGGCUUACUUCUGUUUCAACAAUGAACGAGGCCUAGUUUUGAAGAUGCACAGUCAAAGCAUAUAUUUUUCUUGCUUGCCCGCUCAUUUUUGGCAUAAUUUUUAGACUUCAUCUUCUGGAAAUUGUUGAUUGUACAUUUCUAAACAAUAAGCUUAAAUCCAUCUUAUUGCAGUGUAUAAGGUGCCAAAGGUUUGCUUGGAAAUUUUAGACUCAUUGUGCUAGAGGAUUUUGUGUUCAAUACCAUGAAAGCAGUCAAAUGCUAUAUUAUGUAAAACUUUGUCAAGUUAAUAGCAAUGCUAAUGGCUUAAUUUUGGAACAGGUUUUGAAAAUAUUAAGCUUAAUUGGGUUGUCAAUGAAAAAAAUAAUAAAUGAUAACAAAAGAGGAGAACUGGUAAAUUUUAUAUAUUGUAAAUGUGUUGUUUUGUACCAUUUCCUGUAAAGAUACAUAUAUCAAAAAUAAAUUAUGGAUGGUGCAUUGACCAUUUAAACUUUUUUUUACCUUUUUUAAUCAUAAUUCAUGGUUAGUAUUAUAGUAUAGUUUCAUGCUUUAAUAUAUUACUUGUUUGUUUUGAUUGAAAUUGAUAGACAGUAAUUAUUGUGUGGAGCUUGUUUCCAUCACAUACAGCUGUAUCUUUCAUUUGUGUACUGAAACAGGGGUCAUGCAGUGUGCUUGAUAUUUUUACACUUAGUUCAAUGGCUCUAUUUUAAAAAUUUGAUGAAAGAAAAUGCAUCCUGAGAAAGAACUGUGGGUGACUGAUAAUUUGUGGACAAGUAAUGCCCUUUCCACCACAUGUUUGUUUAAAACAAAUUGAUGUUUCUGCCAAAGAUUAUUCUACAGUAAUUUAAGAUGAACGGCUUUCGUUACUUUUAGGGGGGCGUAGCUUCAUAGAGGAAAACAAGGAAGUGUGGGAGCAAAAUGACAAGUUUAAAACGAUGAAAAAAAAAAUGUCAUAUGUUCGACAACAAAGAACUAAUGAAAUGCAAAUACUGGUCAUUCUUGAUAGCAGUUUUAGCCACAAACCUUGAAUGUCGCAGUCGGAACAUUUCUUUGUAAUUUUUGGGAUUUUAGGCAAUUUUAUAUGGUAGAUUCAGGAGAGAAUAAUGCAGAAAUAACUAAAAUAGAGUCAUGUUUUUUUUCUCGUUCCACAUUCUACAUUUGGCAUAUAAAUUCGUCACAUUGUCGCAUAAACUCAUCAUUUUGCUCAUGCAUUCAGUAAGUUUUUUCCUCUAUAAAGCUAUGGUCCCCUAAAAGUAACGAAAACCAGAUGAACCUCUUCUGAGCAGCCAAUCUUUAUUUAGCAGUGGUUUGUCAGUACACUGAGAAUGGUUGCUUAAUGGAAGUUCGACUGUACUUAACAUAAAUAACACUGAGAUUAGUAAACGCUUCUAAAUGUUACUACUACCGUGUCAUACACUGUAGCUCGUGGGAAAUUAUUAAUGCUUAUGGACUAGUGGAGUACCUCUUUAAGCCAUGUUCAAGCAUUGGUAUGGUUAACCUACCUUAUAGAAAUAGUGUUGUGGUUCAGUGUACAUAUACAUGUAGGUGAUUAAUACAUGUAGGUGAUUAAUAAAUUAUACAUGUAUUUCACUCGUUCGCUGCGCUCACUUCUGAAAUAUUUUUCAACACUCGAAGAGAAAUUUUGUAUCUCUACGCAGCCAUGUAAUAUCCUCUAUUUAUUUGAAAAUCUUUUCAGGGAUAUAAUGAGUAUAUACAAUGAACCACCGCCUGGGAUGUGCAUAGUUCCUGACAAAGAUGACAUUACAAAGGUUUGUGUUAGUCAAUGUACUAUUUACCCUACCAGCUACAUACAUGUACAGCAUAUUCUAUUGUUUUUAUAUUCAGCUCAUAUUUAUGAUGUUUAAGACCUCAUAUGCACUUGGAAAAGCUGACUUACAGAACUAAGACACAAUAUAAAAUAAUACUGUAAUGUAAAAUUAAUUAAGAUCAUUAAUAGUAGAUCUACAGUAAAGUAAUCACAAAAAGUACGUUAAAUUUUAAAUUUAUAAGUUCCAAAAUCUUGGAAGCACUGUGUCCUAUUUGUGACACGAGUAAGCAUGUACAUGUAUAUUAAGGGCAGCAUUCUGGCAAGGAGGAACUGAUCUGAGAUUAUACUUGUAGGUGUGUAUUUGGGAAUUAAAAAACUAAUAGGAUGUUUGUUACACCUUGCCCUGUUCACAGUCUUUUAGAGUACAUUGUUGUAACACUAGCUGAUAAGCAACCCUCAAAGUACAGUGGAAGCUCCCCUAACAGACACUCUCGUAAAUGGAAAGUUCAUACAAAAGCUGUAUUUUCAUAUUCCUGUAAGUGGCCAACUCCAGUGACGGACACCUUUUUCGCGUCCCAAGGGUGUCAGCUUAAUAAUUAUAAUAUGUUCAUGUAGAGCUCUUUUUUGCAAAAUAUAAUUACAUGUACUUGAACUCAAACUGCCACUAACUUGGUCUUGAUUUUAACUUUAGAGUAAGUUAAAUCAUGUUUAAAUUGAUAGUCGUCCAGUUGUACACAAUAACUCUUCCAUUUUUGUUUUAAUCUUCUAGAUUCAUGCUCUGAUCACGGGUCCAUUUGACACGCCAUAUGAGGGAGGAUUUUUUUACUUCUUGAUACGCUGCCCUCCUGACUACCCUAUCAGACCUCCAAGAGUAAAACUAAUGACAACAGGGGGAGGGCAAGUCAGAUUUAAUCCCAACUUGUACAGAAAUGGUAAAGUCUGCCUUAGUAUACUAGGGUGAGUAUAAUAAUAUUGAUUUGGUAGCCCUUGACCUUUUAGGCCCUAGCUUGCUAGUGUAAUAGAUUUUUGGUGAUAUUUAGCCAGGAACUAUGUGUUUUUGAAAGAAGUGAUGAGGAAGGUGUCAUUUAAGAAAUACAUCAUGCUUAGUGUGUAUAAAUAUAUUAUUGAGUUAUGGAGGAAUGCAGUAAGUUUGGAGAACACAAGAUGGGUAAGAGUUGUUCAAGGUAUAGCCAAGAGCUACUGUAGGUUCUUGAGGCUGGCUAGGUGUUCAAAUCCAAAAAAUGUCAGAAAAUUCUUUUUCACAUUCUUUGAUUUGUGGAGACUUUGUCGAAAGUACAAAUGCAAGUGACAAAAAUCUGAGUUUAAAAAAUGUAAUCAACAUGUCAUUGUAGAUAUGGGCUGCCAUGUACCUAUGCUUAGGACAAGCACAGUAUGCCAUAAUUAUGUAGUUAAAUUAUUAGUUCUCAAAAUUCCACGUGACAGUUUUUCCUAGUCCUGCUUAUUCUACAUCUGUGCAUGCUCACUGUGUGCCCUGUGAAAUAAAGCACUUCAUUAUAUAGACACGAGUGUUUUACAGGAAAAUAUACCUAUUGUUAAAUUCAUAAAAACUACAUCUGGGACCCGAGUGGUUUAUUUUCCCUAAUCUGUUAUCUCACACGCGAGUUUAUCGAUGACGUAAUUUCGGUAAUUUCCCUCUACUAUUUUAUCGAUGUCUUUUGUCUAUAUAAUAAAAAGAACAUUACACGGCGGCUUGAAGAUAUGAAUUUUAUUUUCUCGUGGCAAAACAAUAUUUUACUCACUCACGCUCAUUCGUAAAAUAUUGUUUUGCCACUCGAAAAUAAAAUUCAUAUCUUCGCGCCACCGUGUAAUAUCCUCUAUAUAUUAAGAAUUAAUAUAGCACAAUAAUUAUUAUUAGAAACUGUAGAAAGGAAAGGAAAAGGACUCAGUAUUACUCAAGACUGAAGUGGUUUUGAGACUUAUAAUUACAUUGUAAACUUUAGACUAUACAAUGAAAUUUGUGAUGUGGACCUCUAACUACAUGUAGGUGGAUUAUCAUUAAUUUUAUGAUCUGUUAAACCUGUGCUGGGAGUGCUGAGUUGGUCUGGAGCUGUACAGUAUAUCGUGUAUUUUUGCUGGGAAAAAAAUUGUUAUUUCUGGAAAUGUUUUUUUGGGGGACGUUUAACAUUUUAUAUGUGUUAAUUAAUGUCAUUAUUUCAAGGAAGAAAACAAACAUCUAGUUCAAUUGUGUCUAUUUUGCCCCCGCAGAACAUGGUCUGGUCCUGCUUGGAGUCCUGCCCAGUCCCUUUCCAGUGUUUUAAUUUCUAUUCAGUCUUUGUUAAAUGAAAAACCAUAUCACAAUGAACCAGGAUUUGAACAGGUAAGUUGGUGUCUUAUGAUGUACAUACAGUUACUAUCCUGAGAGUAAGUGAGAAGUAAAUGAGAAUCCAGAAUUCAAUUUCACUCAGACUUCAAAAGUUAGAACAGUAAGUUGUUUUCAUAUCAGCUAUUUUACAAUUAGCGCUGGGAGUGAGAGACAAUUAAUUAGCAAAUGUGUAGUGGUGUAUCUUUGGGAAAGGGGCCUUUAUAUUUAGACCAAAAGUAAGGCUAGCAGACCUGAAGCAUCAAGAUAGCUUGUUUUUGUUAGAAGUCCCCCCUCCCCUACACCUCACAUUUUCAUUUGCAUAUUUUACAUUUUGACACAAGAAACAGUUUUCCUCAAAAUGGUCGGGGAAGUAGGUGGACUGAGAUGUUUAAAAAGAUGCUUAGAGUCUCUCCCCUCCCCUAUAAUUUACUACCAUUUUUUGCUUGCUGGCACAAGUUACACACUCUUAGGUGUCAAACAGGAGGAGUAUUUUGUCUGAUAGGAAACAUCUCAAUGGCAGCCGUACAUGUAAAUUGUCCUUAGAAGUAGAUUUACUUCUCACAGCUGAUUUGUUUACUAUUCUUAGGAGCGUCAGGCUGGGGACUACAAGCGAUAUAAUGAAUGUAUCCAGCAUGAAAGCCUCAGAGUUGCGGUCUGUGAUAUGUUGGAAGGAAAACUUAAAUGUCCCUCAGCACUUAGGUGAGCUGGACAUUAUACUGAUAUUUACUCUGUGAGCAGUGGUUUCUCCAGGCUGGACACUAAGCUAUGAAGGAAGAAAAACCACAGCAAGUGAUCCUUUGCUUUUCCAUCAAUCAUACACAUCCAAUUGACGCCUACAUCAAAGCAUAAAAUAACAUCACUUCCUCUUGAUUCACAGGAAACUUAAGGGACUUAAAAUGCAUGGCAAAAAGACUGCAAAACAACAACUUUACAUGUGCAUCACACUCUUUUGUACAUUUCUUUGCCGUUUUUGCACAACUACGACUUUUGAAUGCCUAAUUUCACAUUUUAUGGAGAAUAUAAACAAGCAAUGAUGAAAUUUUAUUCUCUAAAUCUGAACCUGGAUAUGGUCCAUAAAAAUUCAAAUCCAGUAGGGUUCACCCACAUUUGACAAAGUAAGUGGGUAGGAAUUACAGCUGUAUCAUGAAAAGGACUGAAAAAAUGAAUGCAUAUUCACAGCAGGCUCACAUAAAGGCAGCAGUUAUAAUUGUAAACAAAUGCGCAAGAGCCUUAACUUGUUCAUAAACAGGUUUUACCUGUUCAGAGCAAAUUUAUUCAUCCAUGGCAGACAGACAGUUACUCAAUCAAAGAAGCAAACGGUCAAUCACAGUGGUUUCUCUUCCUUUGUAGGGUAGCGUCCAGCCUGGAGAAAAUAUCACUACUUGCAGGGUAACUGAUAUUAGGACAGUAGUAAAAGUAUAUUGACACUGGUCCUGAGGUUAAAGGACAUGAUCCGUUAAAGCCUUUGUUUGUUGUUGUGGUGUUCAUUAACUAAUACUUAGAGUUAUGACAGAGAGACGUUUGUUAAAUUCAGGGUUCCCUAUGUAUAAUAAAUUAUUCAAACCGUCCUUUUUAGCUUAUGGAUGUAUCUUGCAACCAGGCCUAACAAAUGAAAAUAGGAGAACUGUAGACCAGAACAAUUUGCAUUCAAUCAAAAAUCAUAGCAGUAAUUUAUCUUUUCUUUGAUAAAGAUCAAAAUGUAUUUAAGACUUAUCCUAAGAGAGUGUAGCGUCAUCAUCAGUCAGGUAUGGAGUAGAAGAGAUUUUCUUGAGGUAAUAAAUGAUAAUAGUGAUCAAUAUUUUAGCAGGGAGCCCACUUCAAAAGUAGGUGCUCUUCAGUAGAACCCUGCAUAAACUUAGAAGAACUAAAUUUAAUAAUUAAAAAAACUUCAGUAUUAAUCAAAAACUACUAAUAAACAAAGGUUAGGAAGUGUGGGCGUGAUAGAGUAAAGGUCAAAACGCUCUUCCCUUUUGUGCUGUGCAUUGCAUAAGUUUCACUUGAUAGAAGGUCAAAAUUCAUGUGAUCAGAUUACAAGUAACAGUAGGUCGAAACCCACAUGAUCAGAUUGCAUUCUACUUAUUUUAUUCAAAACAUUCUUAGUGGAAGUCCAAACGAAUGCUGGCUACAUAUGUGUCGGUCAUGCAUAAUAGCAACCUGCAGAUUAGGAAUGCAGGCUGCUCUGGUUGCCCGCAACUAAAUAGACUCCGUAGCUGGUGGGAUUAGCAGGCAAGUGCUGCAGUUUUUUGGCGGCGGAGCCACGUGUACAUUGGGAACAAGUGCAGCUUUGUCGUUUGUGAAAAUCUUUGUGGCUUUGCUGCUCUCACUUUGCAUGGCAGCUCUACUGCCAAGAAUGUAACCUCGGACACAACAAUCCUGCCAGCUACAUGUAUGCAGGCUACCAACUUAACUUGUAACAUUAUAUUUUGCAACCAGGCCUAACUAGCAGAAGACUAGAUUAAAACUAGACUCACUGAAAGGCAAAUUUAACUGGGCUGCCAUGGUGAUUCUUUCCUUAGCAGAGGCACAGGUUACAAUAAAACCAUACCUUUUGGUGUUUUUAAUACUCCCCCUCCCGCUGAGGAGAAAAUCAAAGUUAUUUAUUAACUGGGCCCACCUUAAACAGCCCAAUUAAUAAACACAGUGCAAGAACAAUAAAACCAUUUAAAAUUCAUGUUUAAGCUUAGAUUUAAAAUUGAUCAAGAGUCUUGUUGAUGUGGAACUUUAUUGUUUCAGAGAUGUAAUGGAGAAAUCAUUUCCAGAAUUUUAUGAUUACUACUUAUCAGUCAUUGGUGACAACUCGCAUUUGAAUGGACAAAACAUGCAGGUAGGGACUUUGAAUGUUAUCUGCAAAUACAUUUUACUGUAGAUUCACCAAAUUGCAAUAAUGUUGUCUUUGAAAAAUGCUAGAAGGAAAAAGCCAAAUAGGAAUUAGAAUUGAGUGACUAAACCACUUUACAGUGCAUUCAUUUGCAUUUUAGAUUUAUAGGCAUCACAGUUGCCCUAUGGAAUUUUUUAUGCUUUUAGGCAUAAGCAACGGCUGUACACAGAUGUUUCUAAUAAUCUGCUUUGUACGUGUACAUUUUUCAUCUUUUCCUUGAAGCAUUUUUUCUAUGACAAUGUAAUUGCAAUUAGGUGUACGUAGGAGUAUUAUACCCCCUGUGGAUUGGACACUAGUCCAUCACAGGCACACCAGGCAAGUAUCUUGUUAUUACUUGCCAUUUAUCCCUCAGAGUGGGAGGCACAGUGUAGGACAAAUCUUGUAGAUUAGACACAAUACUGUGACAGUGACCAACACAUACCUGAGCUAGCAAUUAUCAGCUCUGAAACCACUGAAGGUGAUAACCACAAGACAUAAAAUAACAUAAGACCAGUAUUUUACAGUUUACAAUAUUAUUGGACCUCCAAUAAGCGACCACCCGAAAAGGGAAAAUUUAUUGAUCACUUACAAGAAUCAAACUAUGCAGGACACUUCUCUGGGUAGAGAUCCUGACAUACCUAUAACUACUUUUUAGAGGAGAAUUUAUUGUUUGAAGUUUCGUUCGUAGCGAUAUGUGUUCUGUGUAUACUCUGAUUAACAUUGUGCCAUGAACACAGAUCAGAUCAUGAGUCAAUUGGUUGCUUACAAGAGGUUAAAACCAAUAGAAAAUUCUAAAACCAUCACUCCAAAAAGUUGUCAUGGUCUUUGAUUGCAAAAAAGGACUCCGACUUGUAAAAUUAUUGAUCCAUCAGUGGUUAUACACAGGGGUCCCUGUUAUAAGAGAGUCAAUAAAAUGACUGAACAAUAACAGAGACCAACUUUCUGUGUCUUUUUUAGGUUUUGUCUGUUAUGAGAGAGUUUAACUCUAAUAUCAGAUUUGAAAUUUGUAUUUGUUUUAUUAACAACAAUAAUUUUGGUAUGAUGUGAUGUCCCUGUCUUUAAUUAACAUUGAGUUUUUAGGGAUAGAGGUAUUGCUAUGUCACAAUCCCUAUUGUUUUUCCAGCCAAUCACAAACAGUCUUUCAAAUGGGUGCAGAUUGCCCUCAGUUAUUUCAGUUUGUUUUAAUUAACAGAAGAAAACAGCUGAUAUUUUGCGACCCCACCACCAGUUCCACUGCAAAAUGAGGUCUGAGAAACGACUGCAGGAAUUCUAUACUGAUGGUGUUACUUUCCAGAUCUGGGUAGUGCUUUUGAUUGGUUAAAGUAAUUUUGCCUCGCGGGGUGACCAAUCAGAAGCACUGCCCAGAUCUGCGUACUGACACGUCAUCAGUAUCACUAUCUAAUUUCUGCGCUUGUUCCUCGGACAUCGAUAUUUCACUAUUGUGUUUGUGCUUUUUCUCUGUUGCUGUCGAAGUUUCAACCCAUCUUUGUGUCGUUUAGGCCAUCCCAAUAAAAUGUUUCAUUUCCCAUCGCCCGACCCACCCAUUUAUUUCCAAAAGUAAAAAAAAAAAUUCCAGAUUCACUAGUCAAAGAAGCAAGUGCUUUAAUUUACAAGCACACGAUCUUGUUUUAUUAACAACAAUUUCUAUGAUGUGAUGUCCUUGUCUUUAAUUAACAUCGAUACUACGUUUUAAAAAGGCUGUUUAGACAUUUGAUAGAGGCUUUGUUACUUAGCAGCCCGGCCUUCUCUGGAACCCAGACCCCUUGAAGUGUUCAUUCUUUUUUUCUUUUUUUUUUUACCCGACUGACCAACCCACCAUCACAAGAGACAGGGCAAUGGGAAACAUUUUAUUGGGAUGGCCUUAUCACCAUUACUGUUGUCCUAUCUCACUGUUUCAAGGUCACUUGUCGGAAUUUCCCUAAACAGGGCUGUUUUUAACACCAUGUUUUGAUUUCAUGACAGGACCCAUUUGGAGAAAAGAGAGGCAGUUUUGACUUUAUAUCCAUUAAACAAAGACUGGAGCUAAUCAAAAAACGAUUGGAGGAGAAAAAGCCUGCUGCGCACGCGUCAGAUGGAUCGUCAAGCGAUAAUGAAAAUAUGGAGGAAUCUUAA